AUGUCUUCUUGUAACGAACAGCUUUCUCUUUCUACAAUUAAUCCUAGGGCUAAAAGAAUAGAAAGUGAACAUGCAUUAAAGAAUGACAUUUGCUAUCAACAAGCCUUUUUAAUACUUUUAUUAAAUCAAUACCUUGCAAUUACUCUAAAGAAGCAAAGUAAAAAAUGUACAAUAACUUCUCCAACACCGUUAGUUGAUUCAUUAAUAAUUGAUCAUUCUGUGAUCAAUUUAAGAGAAUUCACUAAAAAACAAUGUGAGUUAAUUAGUGGAAAAGAAUAUUUAUCAAAUAAAACAGUUCAAAGAAGAUUUUCAAAGAAUAAACAAUAUUUUGUACAAAAUUUCUUGAUAGAUUGUCUUAGAGAAUUUAAUUAUCAAUUUGAUUCAAAAUAUUCUAAACCAACAUCAAAAACAUUACGACUGGAAAGAAUCAGAAAAGUUUUCUUCAAUUCAAAAUACAUUUGUUCUCAAAAUGAAAUUCAAAGUAUUGGUAAAGAAGUUAAUUCAUAUUUAGCUAGUCUUCUACAAAAGGAAAAGUCUGUUACGAUAGAAAAAAAUGAUGUUAUUUUGGCUCAAUACAAACAAUUUACAGAAAAAAAUGUUCUCAACAAUCAAAUGUAA